AUGGACCAGUACUCUUAUCAUGCUUACAGUCGAAUUCGACUGUUCCUCGCCGACUUGAAUCUUGUUCUAGGAUCGUUGCCACCUGCGGGUCCGAAUCCCUAUCUACCUCUGCCGAGUGUAGACCCGGUCCGAUUUCCUCAAGGCUUCAACUGUGGUCCUCAUCAUCAGCUCUCGUCAAAUAGGCCGACUCAUCGCUCGAGAGCCUGGAAGAGGCAUCACGCAGGAAUAGAUUACCAACGAUCGGAACAAGCUCGCCAUGCUCUGCCCAUCCUACCAGUCAAGCAAACUGUUGGCAGCACUCCAAAGGAAUACAAGCUCCGGUUUUCCCAAAGUCGACGGCCAGCCCAUAUUUCAAACCACAGAGAGUGCUACAGACCAGUCAAAAACUCUGAGAUCACUUGUCAAAUUCAAUCAACACGUCAAAAUGAAUGUCUUCACUAUCCUGACAAUCCCGACAACUUGGCCAACAAGUAUCCUAGCGAUUGUGAUAAUUUGGUUGACACAAAUCCUAGCGAUCCCAAUGUUUUGGUUGACAAAAAUCCUACGGACCACAACAAUUUGAUCAAAGAAAAUCUUAGGGAUUGCGAUGAUCUGGCCAAUGAUUACUACAGCGAUCAAGAUGUAGUGCACGAACCAGAUGAAAUUGACCUAGAUCAGAUUGAAUGGGAUGAUCGCUCCGAUCUGGACAUCAAUGCAACUCCUGAUUCUUACCAACCAGACCAAAACUUGACCUCCGGCGCUAUUCCAGAAGAUUGUGCCAACCAUUUCCUUCCUAAAACUGAGUCACUUCAGCAACCCAAUCCAACUUUUGACUUAAAAAACUACAGUGCUGACGAUGUAGACCGCUGGGCCAGUACCUUGUCAGUAGAAGAAUUCGAGCACCUUCGUGUUAUGGGACCCAACGCUAGAACUGAAUCUUUCCGGCAAUAUACUAUCUCCAACCUCAAUCAACCGACUCAGACCCUUACUCAACAAAGCUCACUUGAACACCCAGUUCCUACGUCUAAUGGCUACCAGGACAACAGCAAUUACCACCACCACCAGCCUGAUGACAUCAGCAGCAACAAUUUCGACCAACAACCGCUUGUGCCUCCAGAUUAUGAUCAGUCAAGAUCUACUUUCUGCAAUCACUCAGACAACUACAACUCUCAUCUAGAGGCUUGUGACAAUGGUGGAUUUGAUGAUGGCGUUUUUGACGAUGGCGGAUUUGAUGAUGGCGGAUUUGACGAUGGCGGAUUUGACGAUGGCGGAUUUGAUGAUGGUGGUUUUGAUGAUGCUUAUUAUUAGCCUGUUUCACAUUCCAACC